AUGGAAAUUGCAGAUUAUCGUGAUAGAGAUAACAAGAACUAUGGUGGCAACAAAGAUUGCAAUGGAAACAAGGACAGAAGAACUAAGACUGUUUCACCAAGAACACGCCCACAAGGAAGGCCAGGAGGAAACUGCGGCUCUUCAUCAUCAAAUGGAAAGUCAAAUUAUUACUCAAAGAGACAUGCAUACAAAGUAUACAAACUCUGCCUCUACAUUGGUGUACCAAUCUUAGGUGCUGUUGCUGUUAUUGGUGUCAUUGCAACUGUUAUUGUUAUUUGCAGAAAGCGUAAGAAUAAUGCUGAUAACACAAAAGUUGAUUCAAUCGAUCCAGAUGACGAAGAAGUUAAAGUCGAAUAUAAUGAAAGUGUUAAUGAUCAACUUCUUGUUUGA